AUGUUUAUGAACGAUCCGCUCCCAGCAGGCACAAAGAAGGAAGACAAUAAGAAGGGGGAGCUCGUUAAAGUCGGUAAGAAGUCCUGGCUCUCCUGCAUUUCCCCCUCCCUAUACACUCCCAACUCGCUCCCGCCCCACUCUCAUCAUCUCUUGACCUUCUUCACCUUCGCUCCCACGCCUGCUCUCCUCCUCUCGCCUGCUCUCCUCCUCUCGCCUGCUCUCCACCUCUCGCCUGCACUUGACGGGCCGUCCACUCUCUUACCAUCUCUCCCUCACCUCCUCACCUUCACACCCAUGCGUGUUCUACCAAGGAAUCCUCUCUCCCGCCUCCUUCCAUUCACUCACCCCCCCCCCCCCCCCCCCCCCCCCCUCGCCAUCUCUUCCCCACCUUCGUCUCACCUUCACCCCCAUGCCUGUUCUACCAAGGAGUCCCCUCCCCCGCCUCUUUUCAUCCUCUCACCAUUCCCCCGCCCACCCUCACCAUCUGUUCCCCACCUUCGGGUGGUGGGGGCGAACCCUUCUGGCUCCAACGCUGGCCCCACUGGAGUCGUCAAGGCCAAAGGCAGCAUUUCCCUUGCCUUGCUCCUCAACACCACCACUAAGGACUACAGCAUCCGUUACCGCGUCAUCAUGAGUCUAAACAACCCUGGCGAGCCCACCCGCGUCGUCCUCACCAAAGGUGCUGACGUGGCACUCAUUGUGACCAACAGCAGCACCAAGUGGGCCAAUCAAACGCUAUCAGACGCUGAGCUUGCCAAGCUGGCAGAAAAGCCGGCAUUCUUGAGGAAAGAUCCGCCCCCCUUCCGCUACAGCUAUAAAACCACCGGCACUUGGCUAAGCGCCGGUACUUUGAAGGCGGAUAACGGGCAGACGUACAAGGAGCUGGCGGAUGCCAUGCUGGCUGCUCCUGACGCUUACUCUGCUCUUGUCUACACCAAGAUGAUUGAAGCUGUUGCAGCGAACGGUGAUUUUAUUAGGACUAACCUGGAAGCAGGUGAAGAAAUAGUAUCGCACAAAGAUAUCAAAUUGAGCAUCAAACUUAAAGGCCGCCUUGGUCUUGAAGGCUGA